UCUUAACCUCAUCAGUUUCGUCGAACUACUUUCUUGCAUUUGGUAACUGUCAUGGCCGCGCCCAAGUCGUAUAGUUCGUCUAGUUCUAGUGAAGAGGACGAAGAGCUUGCCAAGAUCAAGGAAGCAGUAGAUUCAUCAAAUAAUUUUUUGAAUAUCAAGUCGGAAAAUGUUGGGACAUCGGGCCAGAGCAUCCUGGUAAAUGAAGGCAAAUGUGUUGGGACCCUACAGAAGAAUGGUUCACCUCAAGGUUUAACAUGCCAUGACCUGCCACCAUCAAAAAGACCAGACAAAGAAGUUGUUGAAGAUGAAGUUAAAGCGUAUUUUCCACAGACAACCCCUGGAUUUCGAAAGCAUGUGGCAAAAAAACUGUCCGAGUCACUAGACAGCUCCAUACAUCCAGUUGCAGAUGGCUUCAAGACAAAGCAAAUGAAGGACAUUACUCUAGAAGGCAUCCGAUUGUUUGCCAGUUCCAAGGCCUGUAUUUCAGCAGUAACAACACAGACACAAGUAACUCAGCCAGUGAGGAAGCGGAAAGUCUCUUCUUCAAGUGACAGCAGGAUGAGCGAAUCGGAGUUAAUGAAUGCCGCCAACGGCUCGUUGUUAGACAUUAGUUUAGAAGAGAAGUCGUCUACUAGCGAGCGGUUCUCGUGUGGAAUUUGUGAGGAAAGUUAUUAUAGGAAAGCUAGCUUGAAUCGCCAUUUGAAGACACACGAGAAUGGAUGCAUAAAGUGCUCAGUGUGCACUCAGUUCUUUAAGACUGAGGAAGAUAAAAAAAAACACAUUGAGGUGAAACAUAGCCCAAUCGUGUGCGAAAGCUGUGGAAAGAUUUUUUCCAGUCGCAAUUAUAUCGAAUUUCACAAGAAAACCCACGAGGCAGAGCUUGUCAACUAUGACAAACAAUGCCCAUUCGCAAAUUGCGGGAAAAUAUUCAGACAGAGCUCUAAAUUUCAAGACCAUCUGAACACACACACAGGAGCAAAACCAUAUUCGUGCGAGCAUUGUCGCAAGACCUUCAAUAGCCGUGCUGAAGAUGAGAGGUUGAAAGAAGCAACAAUGUCCCACGACCAAAUACUGGAACAGAAAGAUGUUCCAUAUUUUAGUAACCAGAAACCUGCAGACAUAGUGGUGUGUAAUCUGGCAGUUGGGAUAGCAACUGAUGACUGUAGCACAGGCAACAAUAUGGACUCACAGACCAGACUAAAUUAUGUCAGCAUUGACAGAUUGGUUGACUGUGCUUCACAGAAUGAACAGAAUGGUGGAGAAAAUGUUAAACAAACUGUUGUUGAUAUUGGAGCAAAAUAUUUGUGUAGAACAUUAGAUAAUAAAAAGAAGAAAAAGAAGAAACAUAAAGCUGAUAGAGCUGAAAAUAAAGUAUAAAGCUGAAA